UCAAUGUUAGGGUCACUAGAUGGAUAAAUACUUCAAAUCCACAGGGAGAUCAGAGCCGUCCAGUUCAGAAGUGACCGGUGGUUUCUUGAGAGUUCCUUUGCUUGUCACCACAGUAAGACGGAACCAUGGUCAGCCGAUUUGAACACCCAGCUGGUGGAUACAGGAAGAUUUUUGAGACAUGUGAGGAGCUUUCUGAGCCACUUCCAGCCACAGUCACAGGUAGGAUUCCAUCAUUCCUAAAAGGCAGUCUUCUCCGGCUGGGACCUGGACUGUUUGAGGUUGGAGAUGAACCUUUCUACCACCUCUUUGAUGGCCAAGCCCUUAUGCACAAAUUUGACUUCAAGAAUGGCCAGGUCACCUAUUACCGAAAGUUUGUCAAAACAGAUGCAUAUGUCCGAGCCAUCACAGAAAAGCGUGUGGUGAUCACUGAGUUUGGCACCUUUGCAUACCCUGAUCCCUGCAAAAAUAUUUUCUCCAGGUUUUUCUCUUACUUUAAAGGUGUUGAGGUCACAGACAACUGCCUGGUGAACGUCUAUCCUGUGGGGGAGGAUUUUUAUGCUGUAACAGAAACCAACUUUAUCACCAAAGUAAACCCUGAUACCUUGGAAACGCUGAAGAAGGUUGAUAUGUGCAAUUACAUCAAUAUUAAUGGAGUGACGGCUCAUCCCCAUAUUGAGAGAGAUGGCACUGUGUAUAACAUCGGAAACUGCAUGGGAAAAGGAGCAACUCUGGCCUACAAUGUUGUCAGGAUUCCACCCACACAGAAAGAUAAGUCUGAUCCCAUUGAAAAGUCCAAGGUGGUGGUGCAAUUCCCCAGCGCCGAGAGGUUCAAGCCCUCCUACGUGCACAGCUUUGGCAUGUCUGAAAACUACAUUAUCUUUGUGGAGACUCCAGUGAAAAUCAACCUGCUGAAGUUCUUGAGUGCCUGGAGCAUCCGAGGAUCGAACUACAUGGACUGCUUUGAGUCCAACGAGAGCCAAGGAACAUUGUUCCACAUUGCCAGGAAAGACCCAGGAGAGUACAUCGAUCACAAAUUCAAAGGGGCACCCAUUGGCAUGUUCCAUCACAUCAACACCUAUGAGGAUCAAGGUUUUGUUGUUGUGGAUCUCUGUGCAUGGAAAGGUUUUGAGUUUGUUUACAACUAUCUCUGGUUGGCAAACCUAAGAGCCAACUGGGAGGAGGUGAAGAAGGCCGCCAUGAUGGCACCUCAGCCAGAGGUGCGCAGAUAUGUUAUUCCUUUGGAUAUCCACAAGGAGGAGCAGGGGAAGAACCUCGUGAGCCUGCCGUACACCACGGCUACAGCAGUGAUGCAUGCUGAUGGGACCAUCUGGCUGGAGCCUGAGGUGCUGUUUUCCGGACCUCGCCAAGCAUUUGAGUUCCCACAGAUCAACUAUGAGAAGUACGCAGGGAAGAAUUACACGUACGCCUACGGUCUGGGUCUCAACCAUUUCAUCCCAGACAGGAUCUGCAAGUUGAAUGUGAAGACCAGGGAGACCUGGGUAUGGCAGGAACCAGACUCCUACCCCUCAGAGCCCCUGUUUGUUCAGACACCUGAUGGUGUAGACGAGGAUGACGGUGUGCUGCUGACGAUUGUAGUGGCUCCAGGUUCUCAGAGACCAGGAUAUCUCCUCAUCCUCAAUGCCAAGGAUCUGUCAGAGAUCGCCAGAGCUGAAGUGGAGUGCACCAUCCCGGUCACCUUCCAUGGGAUGUACAAACCAUAAUGUCUGAGCACUCACCUUGUCAGCAGUAGUCAGCUGUUUGAAAGUUACUGACACCUCUUGGGUAAUAAAACGAGGAUAAAUAUACUGAGUAAUCAUGUCAGGAAACAUGAUAUUAUGUUCUUAUUUGUGUGCUCUGUCCAUAAAUAUGUCAUGGUUGAAAAAAUAAAUCAAAAUCAAAGCA